AUGACUACAUUACGUUUACUAUUACCUCGUAUUAAACGAAUGCAAUCGAUCUUUGUGAAUACUCCAACUCUUACAAUUCCUCCGUUACUUGAACAUUCCAAUGACGCUGUUCCUUUCUUCAUAUCACUCAAAUGGUUGGUUCAGUUAUUUAUCUUCAAUGGUACUCUAUAUUUUGAAACUGUUGAUGAACAAACAGCGUAUUGUCAAUGUUUCAGUUUAUGUCCCAAAUCUCGAAUGAAAGAAGAAGAAGAAGAAGCAUUUGAAAAAGGUUGGAUUGCUGUCGAUGGCUUUGCCACUGAUAAUGAACAUCGUAUUCAUCUGGAUAUAUAUAAUGUUCAAUUUUCUCUUAGUCUAUUAACAUUUAUCAAACGGAUUAUUGAAAAUCGAACUAAUUCACAUGUACUCAUAUCAUCACAUGUUGGUAGUAUUAUUCUUAAUUCCUUAAAACUUAUUUAA